CGGGGAGCACAGGCCAUUUACGCGGGGAGCAAGCGGCGCACAAAGCCCCAUUGCACGCGAGGCACUCGGAACCCAUCAUCUAGACGCCCGGCAACCAGCAGCCCAGAAGACGCUGCAGCGGACGCACCGGGGGCAGCCCUGCAGCAACUACAGCCAUGGGCGCCGACCCCGCUAGAAAGAAGCACCCCUUCCUCAAGGCCCGCUUCCAGAUCGGCUCCUGCAAGGGCCCUAUUAAUUAUGCUGCGUCUGAACCCACCUUCCACCCCGAUGAUAUACCAGCCUCGAAGAAAGCAAGCAAGGCCGCCUCGUUAAAGUGGGCUAGAGGUGGUACCUUUCCUGGCGAGAAAUCAUUAUGGAACGCGUCUUCCGCCGGUCAUUUGUAUUCCAAGAAAUUUGGGCUGCGGACUCGGAUCAACGCUGAUCAUGAUAGGGCGAGAUACGCCUACAAUUUCCGAGCCGAAGAACUGCCCCCAAAGAACUUCGAACCUCUACCGAAAACCCACAAGUUCAAGAUCGACGUCAUGCCCGAAUCGAGAAAACAAACGAUAAGGCAAGCGGCCAUCGACGAUCCGUCCUACAACUUCAAGACUUGUAACCUCGAGAUGCCGGUGUCUACCAAGUUACGAGGCAAAGCUAGGUGGAACAUCGAGCAGUUCUGUUCCGGAUUGGCCGAGCAUGAAAAAAUAAGAGAGGAUAGGCAGAACCUGUUGCUUACGAGGGCUCGCGCGAACACCGCAAAAGUCUCGCAGCGCUUAGAUAACUACACAAAGAUCCACAAGCUGCCUCUGCGUCGAUUACCGCCUACGUAUAAACGGCGGUUUGACGACUGGACGCCCGAGAUGGCGGCCGCGCGCGAGGCCGCGCUCGAGCCCCUGCCCUCGACGAAGAACCGCUGCGCGACCAGCAAAAAGCCGUCGCGGCGGCGGAGCUUCGGCCACUCGGGCGUCUUCGAGUACAACGGCCAGGAGGGCGCCUGGAUGUGGAGCGACACCGGUAGUUUCGUGCAGAACGACCCGUACGGCGACCGGAACAAGGUCUUCGAUACGAAUCGCGGCAACUACGCGGCGCCGACGUCGAGCCUCUAGCUAACUGGUUUUUUAGGCA